UCAUGUUAGGGUCAAUAGGAAUCGGUCAUACUUGCCAAGAUGGCGGAUCUUGGCGAAGAUGUUAAUAUUCAGAAGAUGAAUUAUUCGUCCGAAGAAGGUGAAAUAGUUAAGAAUGAAGUUACCGAAGAGGCUAAAAAACAAGCGGAAGACAUUAAAGAAAAGGCAAACGAACAUUUUAAAAAAAAAGAAUUUGAUGCAGCCAUAGAUCUGUAUUCAAAAGCCAUUAAUAUUAAUCCAAAUGUUGCUGUAUAUUAUGGAAAUAGAAGUGCUGCCUAUUUAAAGACGGAAUGUUUUGGUUAUGCUCUAUCGGAUGCUUCCAAGGCCAUAGAAUUAGAUAAAUCCUAUGUGAAGGUAAAUAAAAUUGUCUAA